AGAAGAUGCUCCAGCGCGCGAAGAAGUUUGGCGCCGUUCAGAAUGUGGACGUGGUUGUUAAGGGCCUCGACACCGCCCUGCCGGACAAAAAGGAGGAGCGGCCAAAGCGUGGUCGUGAAGGAGCCGAUGGUGGGGACCGUGGUGGGAAACGUCCUCGUGAGGGUGGUGCUGGAAGGAGCGCUGGGGGUAACGAUGCCCGGGAGCGCAGGAGGGGGAGGAGGGGUCAGGGAGGGAACAAGAAGGAUAGGAGGGGGAACAAUGGUGCAGUCACGGUUCGCGGUGGUGGGCCUGUCACUAGAAAAAAUGUCCUGGAUGACCCCGUCGAGAAGGCGAAGGCUGAUGCCAGGGCGAAGAAGUUUGGAGCUAAAAAUUGAUACUUUGCCUCACCUUGUUCGUUGCCAAUUAAAAUACUGUUCUUUCUUUUCUUUUUCUUUCUUUCUUCUUCUCCUCUCUCCCUCUUUCUCAUUUUCUGUUACGUUU